AUGGAGGGAUUUGGCCAUGCGGAAAUCUGGUUCCUAUCCUCCAGGAGCAUUCAGGAGAAGCUGGAAGCGGACAGGCAGUACCGAGUCACCUGGUACACUUCCUGGAGUCCUUGUGCUGAAUGUGCCCAGGAAGUGACCACAUUCCUGGGGAAGCACCACAAUGUCAGCCUGAGGAUCUUUGCGGCCCGCCUGUAUUACAGCAAAAAACGAGCACGUUGGCAGGGGCUGAGGGCCCUGCAGGAGGCUGGGGCCCAUAUCAGGGUCGUGACUUCUGGGGCUUCCUCUUCUGAACCCUGGGGGCUCCUCUUCCCCCUCCUGCCCCUUCACAAUGGGUUCUCUGUAUACAUGGAUCCAGAUACAUUCAUUUAUAACUUUAAAAAUAACCCUUUAGGUACUGGAAAGUACCAGACCUACCUGUGCUAUGAGGUACAGCUCAUGAAUGGCAACUCCGGGGUCCUACAGAACUGGAUCAAGGGCUUCCUGUGCAACCAGUCUGAUCCUGAUCCCCAGCUAUGCUGCCAUGCAGAGUUGUGCUUCCUGGACUGGAUCUCUUCUUGGCAACUGUACCCUGGGCAGCACUACAGCAUCACCUGGUUCCUGUCUUGGAGUCCUUGCCCUGAUUGUGCCCAGGAAGUGGCUGCCUUCCUGCAGAGGAACAGCCACGUGAGACUGUACAUCUUUGCUGCCCGAAUCCAUGACUGCUGUGAAGGAUAUGAGGAGGGACUGCGUUCACUGGACAAUGCCGGAACCAACAUUGGCAUCAUGACCUACAGAGAGUUUGAGUACUGCUGGAGAGCCUUUGUGGACAACCAGCUAUGGCCCUUUAAGCCCUGGCGCGGGCUGAAAAGAAACCAUGAAUUCAUGUCAAAUCAGCUUCAACGCAUUCUCCAGUAAAGGAUUUCCUACUUCCCUCUGGUCCCCUAACUGUCCUCCUCUCCAUUCUCUCCUUGAGCCUUUCCUUCCCCUCUGCUCAGAGCCUCCUCAUGAUUCCCUGCUCCCUACGGGGACAUCCAGCACCUACCUUUCUGAUCUUUCUUUUAAACUCACUCUGCUUUUCUCCCUCCUUGUGUCCUUUCUCUCUCUUAUCUAUAAUUUCACUGUCUCACAGUCCCUUCUCUGCUUCUUCCUUCAAACUUUCCCACUCAUCUCAGAAAUUCUCCUUAUCCCCUAGGUGGAUGGAGGAUAGACAACUAGAAGAUAGACAUCAGUAUUUCUAACAGAGGCAGGGGAUCUCUGUUGAACAGGGGAAAAAAAUCUCUUCUUUAAAGAAGAGUAAAUACUCUGUUUGCCACAAUCUCCUGAUUAAUCAAAACUGAGCAAUAAAAUGCAAGAAGUUCAAAAUGAAUGUAUUUCUUUAAAACAUCAUGGUAAGAGUGAAUUCAGCCAAAAUGGUGGAGUAGGGACCUUCAGGGGCACAUCCUUCCCAAAAGUGCGCACGUGCACGCACACACAUACACACACACACUAAUCUUCAAAAACUGUUAGAACAAACCUUAUGGGAACUCUGGAAGAUAUUCAAAGGUUACAGCAACCAAAUGAAUGUUUAUCCAUGAGAAAAGCUGCUUUGUGGUGUUUUAACUGUUGGAU